AGCACUUUCCUCCCCCAAUGAAUCCAUCAUCUCUGUAACAAAAUCAAAGCUCCAAAAUCGCUCCCAUGGCGGCGGAUCUCUACACCUUACUCAAAAUCUCCGCCGCCGUUCUUGCCUCUUUACUCUACUCCUACUUCAUCUCCACCAAGCUCCCCAAAGGUCUCCCAAGGCUUCUCUCUCUCCUCCCAAUCCUCUCUCUCUACACCCUCCUCCCUCUCCCUCUCUCCUCCCUCCUCCUCGCCGGAAUCGUCGCCUUCUUCAUCACCUGGCUCGCCUCCUUCAAGCUCCUUCUGUUCUGCUUCGAUUCCGGCCCUCUAUUUACCGACCCACCAUUGUCAUUCCCUCUGUUCGUCUCAAUCGCUUGUUUCCCGAUCAGAAUCAAGCAAAAUCAGCCCGACCCAGAUCCUCAAAAUCCUCAAAAACCCACGGAUCCACCGUUGAAGACCAUCGAUUCCCCCAAAUUGCCGCUCAAUCUGCCGGCGAAGGGGUUUCUCUUCGCCGUCUUGGUCGCCGGCGAUGAUUUCGCCCAAAAUCUGUCCCCGAAUGCUAUGCUCUGUUUUUACUGUGUGUCUCUGUAUUUGUUUAUUGAUGUUGUUUUGGGUCUGUCUAAUACGUUUGUGAGAUGGGGUUUUGGAAUCGAGCUCGAACCGCCGUCGAACGAGCCGUAUUUGGCGACGUCGCUCCGGGAUUUUUGGGGGAGGAGAUGGAAUUUGUUGGUUUCGAAUACUUUAAGAUGGUCUGUAUUUUUGCCGGUUAGGGCCGCCGUGAGCGGCGUUUUGGGGCGGCGACGGGCAGCGGUUGUGGCAGUGUUUGCGACGUUUGUGGUGUCGGGGCUGAUGCAUGAGCUGCUGUUUUACUAUGUCACCGGAGCGGUUCCGACUUGGGAGGUUACUGGGUUUUUUGUGCUUCAUGGGGUUUGUGUGGUGCUGGAAUUUUGGGUGAAGAAGGCUUUGGGAGAAAAUUGGCGGCUUCAUUGGGCGGUUGCCGGGCCGUUGACGUUGGCGUUUGUGGUGAUCACCGCCGCGUGGUUGUUCUUUCCGCCGCUGUUGAAGACUGGUGCGGUGGCCGCAGUUAUCGGGGAAUGUAAGGCGGCGGCGGGGUAUGUGAAAUGAAAGUUAUUUACUUCUUUUUC